AUGCCACACGUACAAGGACAUUCUUCAACAACUUCGGGUCUAUUCAUAGACCAGCACCAGCAGGGAUUUGUUCUCCCUCGUCUCCUACGAGGAUUGAAAUGCAUGCAAUGUAAUCUGCAGCGAUCACGUGCGGCUACACUGAAUAUUAUUCAGAUUAUGGGACAGAUGAAGGCAGAUCUCCUCAUGGUUCAAGAACCUUAUACCACCUACGGCAAGAUCAUAGGUUUGCCCAACACAAGCAAUUGCUUUUUGUCUGGAAACUCCUUAGCAGGCAUCAUUUACGAAGGUCCUCUUUCUCCAACAUUACUCCUGAGCACUGAACAUUCAGUCACCAUUAUCCUGGAGACUUGCAAUCAAAAACUCUCAGCCACUUCAUCGUAUUUCCCUCCGAGUGUGGAUAUUGAGGUACCAAUCAGAGAACUUGAGGAAAGACUACCAUUUCCAGCAUCAUACGGUAUUUUUGCGGGAGACUACAACGCCACGAGCCCUCUAUGGGAAGGCAGGAGAGAGGAUGCCAGAGCCACCCACAUGAUUGACUUCAUGGCCACUAACAAUUUGAUCCAAAUUAACGAAUCAGACUCUCCCCCAACCUUUUGGACAACCAGAUCAGAAGGUUGGCCUGAUCUUACCAUCACUACGGCCCUCAUGGCCCCUUACAUUCAGAACUGGAGGGUCGAAGAUAUCCCCACAGCAAGCGAUCAUCGCCUAAUUACUUAUAGCAUAGAUAUACCAAUCAGCUAUUUGGUGAGAAAACGUUACAAGACUAUAUAUGGAGGUCACAAAAAGUUCCUAGACUGUCUUGCACCGAGAGUCCCGUACAUUACUGUUUUGCUCAAUAACAGCUACAAUCAGCAAACCCUCGAUGAAGCUUAUGAUCAACUCAUCCAGACGAUUGACGUAGCUUGUCGUACAGCUUACAAAACCAAAGCGUAUAAGAGCAACCCUAGAACACACUGGUGGACCCAAGACCUACAAAAAGAACGAAGCCGUCUAAGAGCUCUACGAAGGCGUGCGCAGGUCACCCAAGAACAAGCUCUUAGAAACUUACGUAUGCAGGACUUUAGGAGGGCGCGUGCCAUCUAUAAAAAACACAUAUACCAAGCGAAGCUCUCUUCAUGGAGAAAUUUUUGUACCGAAACUACGCAUUCUUACGGACAAGCUUCCAAAAUCUCGAUGAAUAAGGUGUUCAGGCCUACCUCACUUCCACGGAUUAUUCGUCCCACUGCCAAUUCAACAGCAGAGUAA